AUAAACUUAAUUGGAAAAAAAAAAAAAAUUUCUAACACCAUUCCAUUUUGGGUGGAAGGGAAGUAGCUUUUUUUUACCAGCACUUUAUCAAUAGAAACCGAUCGACGCUAAAGAUUCUUGAUUAGGAUAAAAGAAAUGGAUAUUUCUUUUGAAGCAUUUUGCUUAGUGAUUUAGCUGGUUAUGUGUCAAAGACUCUAGCAAUGGAAGCAGGGGGGGAAAUCCAAGAAGGGUUGCAAGAGAAUCACUUUAAACAGCAGCUUGCAGCAACUGUUAGAAAUUUGCGGUGGAGCUAUGCAAUCUUUUGGUCUGCUUCAUCUAGACAACAAGGGGUAUUAUCAUGGGCUAAUGGAUACUACAAUGGCGACAUAAAAACUAGGAAGACGACUCAACCGAUGGAAUUUAAAGCUGAUCAGCUUGGUCUUCAGAGAAGUGAGCAACUGAGAGACCUUUAUGAAUCUCUCUCAGCAGCUGAAAACAAUCAGCAAACCAGAAGGCCAUCUGCUUCAUUAUCUCCUGAAGAUUUAACUUCUACCGAAUGGUACUACUUGGUUUGCAUGUCCUUCACAUUCAAUCCAGGACAAGGGUUACCAGGUAGAGCCUUAGCAAACAAUCAGCAUAUAUGGUUGAAUAAUGCACAAUUCGCAGACAGCAGAACUUUCUCAAGGUCUCUUUUAGCAAAGAGUGCAUCAAUUCAGACAGUGGUCUGCUUUCCCUUCAUGGAUGGUAUUCUGGAGCUUGGUACAACUGAACAGGUUUUGGAGGAUUCCGUGCUAGUACAGCAAGUCAAAACAACCUUCUGGGAUUUUCCCAUCCCUGUUUGCUCUGAACAAUCUAUAUCAAGUUCGCCAAACGUAGAAAAGGAUGAAGAGGAAACCAUACACCCAACUCUUGAUCAUGAUCAACUAAUAGAAGAUGCAAUGGAAUUGGAGAAUGACAACUUGAUACCUGAGGAUAUUCUAUUACCUUUUGCUUUUAAUUUUCCUUCUUAUGCUCCUACCAAAAAUGUUGAUGCAAUUCAUGACGAAGUGGAGGAGCUAAAUCCAAAAAUAUGUGAGGAAAUACAAAAUGGUUCUCCCGGUGGAAGUUCAAACGAUUACUGCACGAAUCAUCACACUGAUGAUUCUUUAAGGAUGGAUGAAUUACAAAGUUGUAUGUCCCAAUCCUUCGUGAAUUCUCAAAGGAUUCUUUCUUCUCCAAGGGGUGAAAGGAUAAGGAAUCAUGUUUUAGAUUGCCUUCAAGAAGGAAACAAUGCAUAUUUGACCUCCCUAGAUCUUGAAGGUGAUGAGACUCACUACGAAAGGACUCUUUCUGUGAUUUUAACAAACUCAAAGGGGUCGGUCUCAGAUUCAUGCUUCCUUAAUGGAUCUCAAGCAUCCAAUUUUACACAUUGGAGAAGAGAUUUCACCAUUCCAAAACCAACAAGUGACACACCUCAGAAACUCUUGAAGAAGAUUUUGGUUGGUGCAUCUUGGAUUCAGGAUUAUCUUCGAUCAUUGAAACCGCCAGAAGAAAAUGGGAUUAGGAAUAAUGUUUGCAAGCCAGAAGGAGAUGAUACAAGCGGUAAUCAUGUGUUAUCAGAGAGGAGAAGAAGAGAGAAGCUGAAUGAAAAGUUCCUCAUUCUCAGAUCACUCGUUCCUUCCAUUAGCAAGGUGGACAAAGCAUCAAUCCUUGGUGAUACGAUAGACUACGUAAAAGAGCUCAAAAGAAGAGUAGAGGAACUGGAAUCUUGCAAAGAGAGAGGAGAAGUUGAGGCUAGAGAAAGAAGAAAGAACUUAGAAGUAGCAGAAGAGACAUCCGAUAGUCACAGGAAUUAUGAAGGCACCAACAGAAGAACGGCAUUGGCAAACAAGAGGAAAGCUUGUGAUAUCGAGGAAAAUAAGAUAGAACAUGACCACUGGUUUAGGUCCAAAGAUAAUGCAGUUGAUAUCAAUAUUACUAUGAUUGAGAAAGAGAUUUUGCUUGAGAUGAACUGCCCUUGGAGAGAUUGUUUGUUACUAGAGAUAGUUGACGCGAUGAGCAACCUUCAUUUGGAUGCUCAUUCAGUGCAAUCAUCGAUUCUUAAUGGAAAACUCGUACUUAGACUGAAAGCUAAGCAUAGAAGUUUGGUUGUGGUAUCACCGGGUAUGGUGAAGAGAGCACUUCAGAGAGUUGUCAACAAAUGCUGAAGUAUCUCUUGCAGCAGGCGUGUAUUAAUACUACGGAUAUCAGUAAAUUUGGGAUCUCCCAUGAUAUUCUCCAUUAUUUGGAAAAUUCCAGGUGGCUUAUAAUAUUUUGUUACUAUCUAACAUGUAUCCAUCCCUGUGCAGUCAUUCCUCCGUCCAAAUACUUGAUGUAUUUAUUUUGACUUGGGUAAUACUAUUAUCAUACUUAUUCCAUCAUUUAAUCUUCAACUGGUUGAAGUUUUCUGCUCA